AUGGUGCACAUCGACAAGUCAAUCCAAGUACUAGGCGGAAAAUCAGCUCCGUGGAAACAGAAACUACGUCGGGCGUUGCUUAACAUGAAGAUGGAACUAGGAGAGCUCUACGAAAAGACAUUCCAACGCUUCGGGAUUAUGUAUGGAACUGGGACUUUGAUUGCGCCCCAAUACAAGGUUUCCGCUCUCGAUGGUGCCACGUCAUCAUGCCUGGGCCACCCCGAGCGCUACAUUGAAUAUCUAAAGAUCUUUCAUUUACAGUACCGACCGCAAAUGCCUACGAGCUUGUCUUGCGUAAAUGGAAUGUCUCGUUCUCCGCAUUUGUUGGAACACGACCGGAUUCUGCACCCAUUGACUGGUCUGGUGGCCAGUUCAACGAAUCAGAAAGAUGAAGUUGGUCAAUAUCUUCGAGAAGGGGCUGUGAAUAUUUCGCCACGCGCUUACUGGAAAGAUCAUCAACACGAAUGGCCUGUUCUCGCUCGACUGGCUCGCGAUCUACUCUCCAUUCCGACUACGGGUGCUGGCUCGGAACGACUAUUUGCCAUGGCAGGGAAGAUCCAUCAUGUCCAUGGAGGACAUUUGGAUGAGUCGACCAUGCGUGACCUCGUGAUGUACACGUACUCGGAGGAGUCGAAAUCAGACAAGCAAUUGAUCAAUAUGGUGGAUCGUAACACGGUAGGCGAUGAAGAAUGGGAGGAGUUUGGAGUAAGGGCAGAAAGGCCUGAACCGAUAAGCGAUGAUGAACGGAGUUCGACCGAGGCUGGUUAUGAUGGACACCCCAAAAACGACAAAAACAGCCAGGCAGCCACAGAGGUCCUUGAAAGUCCAUCUGCGGAUGACUUGGGACGGGAUAUGACGGACGAGAGCGAGGAGGACUCAUUCCUACCAUCACCUGUCACGCAGAUCCUCAAUAGGAUUUGGAGACGGUUUUCGGGUAGAAUGACAAUGGUCUAG